UCCACUGAAAUCCGCUAUGGCAACAGGGGAUAAGGCGAGAAAAAAAAAGGAACAAGAAUUUGACAACAUGGCGCACUUUCCUUGAGAAAAGUUUCUCUUGAACGCAAACAAACCACGUUUAAGGUGACAUUUUUACAGUUUCUCGACUAUCUGACUAAAACCGACAGACUUUGGAAAGAAUUGAAGACUUGUUGGUGGUGAAAAAACUAACUUUGCAUUACAUUUAGUGGCGUUUAUCAUGGGAUGAGAGAAGCCCGUUGCAAAAGCCAAGUAACCUACAUACACACAGGAUGGAGAAGCAAGCAACUUUAAAGGAAAAGUUUUCAAUCUUCGGCUCCCGGACAGUGGGCAGAGCUGCACAGCGUGAAGCUGAAGAGAAAGGGGGCCGAUGUGGCCUCAACAAGGCAGAGUUCAUGGAGAGAGUUCAGCAGAGCAACGAGGCCUGCCAACGCGGUGACUUCCAGGCUGCCGUGAGUCUCUAUGGCGACGCCCUUCGAGCCGACCCACAGAACUGCAUCCUCUACAGCAACCGCUCAGCAGCCCUUCUCAAAUUGGGACGCUACCAGGCUUCCCUGGACGACGCUGUCAAGGCCUGUCUACUCAAUCCCAAGUGGCCCAAGAGGCUGAAGGACUUGUCAUGGACCAACAACACCACCACUCUUGUCAAGAGGGUUCAACAGACUCUCUACUUCCUAAGGCGGCUGAAGAAAUUUGGCAUGCUGCCCAGAGUCCGCUCCAAAUACUACGGCUGCACCAUAGAGAGCGUUCUGACGGGUUGCAUCACUGCCUGGUACGGAAAUUGCUCCGUCCACGACCGCCAGGCCCUCCAGCGGGUGCAUUUACCACGGCCUAUGGCCGACUUGAACUGUACUCCCGCAUGGAGCAGCUUCAGAGGCGGGUUCUUUACAUAG